CCCCCGCCCCGCCAGCCAUUCAGCUCAGCGCGCCACAAGGUCAAGAAAGCCCCCUCCCCUUUUCCCAAACUGGCUUUUCUUGGGGUUUUGCCUCCUCCUCUUCCUCGUCGUCGUCGUCCCGAGGGAGGGCAGCCGCCGCGAUGCCGCUUUACGAGGGCCUCGGGAGCGGCGGCGAGAAGACCGCGGUGGUGAUCGACCUGGGCGCGGCCUUCACCAAGUGAGAGGCGUCCCUCGAUUUAUCCCCCCCCCGCCUCCUGCUUCCUCUGGGCGUCGCCCACCCUCCCCGCCCCCUCUCGCUUAUUAUUAUUAUUAUUAUUAUUAUUAUUAUUAUUAUUGUGGCUGUUGUUGUUGUUAUUGCCCUCCCCGCCCCCUCUCAAUACUAAUAAUAAUAUUUUCUACCGCCCUUGUUUCAUAGAUCUCAGCAUUAAAAUACAAGAUAUAAACACAAAACUACUUGAUGUCUUUUUAACUAUCUCUCCUUUUGCAAGACGACGUCAUAUUUUUGCCUUUCGCUCCUAUUUAUUCCCAGGAGGGAUGUUGCAGACCUGGAAAUUUGUUUUUGUUUUUGUUUUGAUUUAUUUCUAAGCCGCUUUUCAUUCAAAUGUAUCAAAAAGAGCACUAAAUAAAGGAGGGGGGUUAUUGGGCUGUUGCUUUUAUUAGGGUUAUGUAUUUGUGGUUUUAUAUUUGGAUUUUAUUCUGCGAACCGCCCUGAGACCUCCGGGUAUAAGGUGGUAUAUAAACUCUGUUAUUAUUAGUAGUAGUAGUAGUGGUAUCACCCUGAGAUACGUAUUUUGUCGUUUUAUAUUUUGAUUCUAUUCUGUGAACCGCUCUGAGACCUCCAGGUAUAGGGCAGUAUAUAAAUUCAAUUAUUAUUAUUAAAACAACAGCAACAAAUAAAUUGAUGCAUGCAUGUAUGUUCGCACGCUCUCUCUCCAAAACACCAUAAUGUGAUUUUACGAACUUAUAUCACGCUGCCUCUUACUCGCCUUUUCUCCAAAAUUAAAAAGUCCCCAAUGCUGCUGCCUUUACCAAAGACACUCUGGGUUGCUGGCUAAAAGCAUUUUCUUCUGUUGCCAGUCCAGACAAAGUUCUUUGGAAGAGGUUGGCAUAUUUAUAGAAAUACACACAUUUACUAUUCAAUCUUAAAAUUCCAGGUGUGGCUUUGCAGGCGAAACAGGGCCAAGAUGUGUUAUCCCUAGCGAAAUAAAGAAACCUGGAAUUUCAAAGGUAGGCCUCUUUUUUUGUUUAAACGGCUAACUUUUGCUGUAUAUUAAAAGCUUGUUGAAAGCAAAUCCAUUUAAGGUAUUUUAUCUGUGUUAACUUCUAUAACGCUAACGUUCAUUUUCCUUUAGUAUUAUUGUUAUUGUGUCCUGAGAAGAUUAUAAUCUGAAGUUCAACGCUGGGAAGGGAAGGAGGCAAGGGAAGACAGGGAGGUUGUUUUGGUUGCUUGAGUUCAGUAACGAAAACAUCCCGACAGCAUCCAUCUACAAUAAAUAAAACAUUAAAAAUGGCUGGGCCUUAUUUAUCAACUUCUGUUGGUUUACAAUAAGUCCUGUGUUCGACAAUUUUACCUGAUGUAAUACCUUCUCUAUCAAUAUCUUUAUAAGUGGAAUAACUGGGAUAAGUGAUGCUGCAGUUCUGUGUAAGUUGCUGAGACCUCAUAGGAUAGGAUGACAAGUCAUGUGCCCUUAAACUGGUGUAGCCAUAAAUACAAGGGGUUGAAGGAUGUGCUUAAGCUCUCUGGGGUCUUGCGAAUAAUCCUCCUAGCUAAACACUAGUUGUCGGGUGGCAGUAGUGACAUUGGAUGGCAUCUUACCCUAAGCAAGGCGGACUGGAUUAGGAGGUGAGAGAGAGACUGAGGAGAAGGAGGAGCUUUGUUAACUAGACCAGUAUUGGGCUGCUUGCAUAGGGGUCUUGCACAGGAAAAAGUUCACUAGGUUCCCACUAGGUUAAAACUAUCGAGAAAGAAACCUGUUGUUAUUUUUGAAGCCAAUUCAGUGUGUGUGGUGAUGAUGUUAAAACUGUUUCAAAUUCUUUCACAGCCUGUCAAAGUUGUUCAAUACAACAUCAAUACAGAGGAGUUAUAUUCGUACCUGAAGGAGUUCAUCCACAUGUUAUAUUUCAGGUAGGAGAUGCCACUGUAAUGACUUUUCCUCUAAUAAGCGAUUGACUAGGAAAUGGAUUGCUUAGGUAUCCUGUUGCAAUACAGUACCAUAAUGGUUGUAUCAAGCAUUAUAAAGUCUACAUCCGCAUUUGAAUUGUACAUAAUUUGGUGUUGCGUCUGUGAAGAGGCUCCCAGAAUUGGGAGGUGGCUGCUCUUAGCGUUGAGCUCAGAUUGUCUGUGUAAAACAGGUAAGGGGCUCCCUCGCUGCCUCAAAGACCAUUCUGACCUGCAGCACUCUUUGAAUCAUACAUAGCCUAAGACACAGGAAUUCUGUGCUUGGGCUUGUACAUUAGGCUAAGCCAGGAUGGGCUGGAACCUUGUAUUGGGAAUUGGGAACUGGAUAAUAUUGGAUCCACCCUUCCCCUGCAAGCCAGUCACCUGACAUCAGAAUGACAGUGUUUUUAGAAGAAAAAUGUCCAUUUGCAAUUGCAGCUUGAAACCAAAAUGCGCCUGCAGGCAGCAAACCACCUCGACAGCACUAGGGAGUUUCUAGUGGGAAACUCCUUAGUGCAGCUAAUCUAAAUGGGGCUCACUGUCAGAGUCAACCACUCAACAAGCCCUGCUAGUAAACUUUCAUUCAGGAGCUCAUUUGGAAGUCCUGAUUGUUCCUUCAAGGCCACAUCCUUGAAUUACUGCUUGUUAUAUCAGGUGUGGGGCAGGUGGGCAUGAUUUGGGUAGGGGCGACUGCCUCGCAAGCCAUAUUGGGACCAGUGCUGGGUCUUAUUCGGCCCACUAGCCAAAGUUUCUCCGCCCAUGCCGUACGAAGAGUUUAAUUCCAAAAGGGGCUUGAGUCAGUUUUGACCAACAUUCCAUUUGGAAGAAAAUUAUUUCUGGCUAGCGCCUUUUUUGAAUGCAGACACGAUUUUCAAGGCUUGCUAACAAUGACUUAGGCCCAAAAUUUAUACAAGAUUUUUUAUUUUGUAUUGGUAGGACUCAUGGCAACAUCUCCAGGUCAAAAUUGGGGUUUUUGUCAAAAUUGGGGUUUUUCUCAAAAUUGACUUAAGCCCCUUUUGGAAUUAAGCUUUCCAUAAACAAUGAAGAAAAUGUCCUGUCUCAGAAAGGUCAUAGCAACUUUAAAGAGCAACAUAAUCUGUUUUCCGGCCUGUAAGUAAGGGAAGGCAGGGUCUCCUUCCUCAUAUUUUUCUGUGCCAAGAGGCAGCGUUCCAACAUGUGGCUCUGCCCAUUCUCCCAUCCCAGUCCCAUCCAUACAACAUUAUUUCUGGCUGCUGUUGUUUUCUUAAUUAGCUAUGCAGUCCCGUCUACAAUGAAGUAAGUCCCACUGUGUUCGAAGGGAUUGAAUCCCAUACAAUGGAUUGCAGCCUAUGUUGAGUGACUGUGGAAAUCACCAAAGUCUUGACAGGGGGUGAUUAAUUUUACAAGAAGAGGGGCCAGCUGUUGAUUCUGCUUUCUGGUCUCAUCCAUUCACUUUUCAGGCACUUGCUGGUAAACCCCCGAGACCGCCGUGUUGUGAUUGUGGAGUCUGUACUGUGCCCUUCCCAUUUCAGAGAGACGCUUACAAGGGUUUUGUUCAAAUAUUUUGAGGUAAUACAUUCCAGACGUCUGCUGCAGCUACCUGUCUACUUGUCUAGGUUUCUUGGCUUGCUUGUUGGGGAAAGCAGCUGCUGAGCUCACCUGGGUUUUUCAGUAGCUGCUGUAUUAACGGUUGAAUAAUGGCCAAAGCCUGGAUCUCGGCUCAGUUCCACAACAGCACCUGCAAAGCAAUCCCCUUAAAAAUGGAGCUUAAUAAGAUGGCCAGGAGCUGGAGACCUGCCUUUGCAGUUCCAACAUGACCCUGCUGGGUGGGGCAGCCUAGAACCCCGUACCUGCCCCAAUGGCGCUUAUGGAGCAUCCUCACUCGCAAAGUUUUCCAUACCAACCUGAAUAGGCAGGGUAGACAGGUAUUCACAGAGCUAGUCAAAGGCUAGAGGAAGCUCUAUUGAGCAAGGGGGAGAUUUGUGUGUAUAUCAGAGCCCUUGCACCUGCAGAAGAGUGCUGAAUUAUUAUGAUUGUUUAUAAAUAUUAAUAUAAUAAUCUAUUUUAUUUAUACCCCGCCCUCCCCAGCCAAGGCCAGGCUCAGGGCGGCUAACAAGCAAUAAGCAAUAAUAAAAACAAGUUGAAUGAAUACAACUUAAAAACAAGAUUAAAAUACAACAUUAAAACAUUGAACCAUUAAAAUGCAGCCUCAUCACAGGAGGAGAAAGGAAAAAAGAAAGGCUUGACUCCAAGCCAAAGGCCAGGCGGAACAACUCUGUCAAACAGGCCCUGCGGAAAGAAAUCAGAUCCUGCAGGGCCCUGGUCUCAUGAGACAGAGUGUUCCACCAGGCCGGGGCCAGUGUUGAAAAAGCCCUUCUACGUAAUUAAAAGACACAAUUUCACCGAAACAUUAAAAUGAAUAUCCAUAGUUAAAAUAUGCAGCAAGCUCAUUAAAACAGCGCAGUGGUUAAAACAGGAUCUUCAGAUCAAGAGAGCAGGAGAAUGCUUGUCUAAACAGCUGUGUCUUCCAAGAGCCGGCAGAAUGCCAGUACUGAUGGGGGCCACUCAUAUUUCAGCAGGGAAGGAAUUCCAGAACACUGGCGCCACCAGUCCAAAAGCCCAGCUCUGUUAUCACAAGGGCAGCUUUCUCCAACCUAGUGUCCUAGGUGUCCCAGGCUACAAACACUCUUAAGGUCCCAUCUGCACUAUUAUGUCCAACCCAGUAUCCUACCACUUUAAACAUGAUGGCGGCUUCCCCCAAAGAACCCUGGGAGAUGUAGUUUUAUGUGGGUGCAAUUCCCAUAGUGAUUUAACAAUCACUCUUCCCAGGGAAUUCUGGGAAUUGUAGCUCUGUGUGGGAAAUGGGGGUCUUCUAACAACUCCCAGCUCCCGUAGAAAACUACAGCUCCCAGGAUUCUUUGAGGGAAACCAUGGCUGUCUAAAGUGGUGCUGCUUUAAAUGUUUCAUGCAGAUGGGACUUAGCUCCCUCUUUCAAAUACAUCUAAAGGGAAGAGCAGUAGCCUGUCUCACUGCAUGAUAAUUAUUUGAAUAUGAGAGCUCAAGAUGGUAAAGCAUGGUACUAUAGAAAUUUCUAGAGUUUUAUAGGCCCAUAUUCUUUUGAACCUUAGCUACCAGUUGCCUCAGAAAAGCAGGUGCUUGAUGCUUCCAGACCUUCUAAAUUUUCUUGCAAUGUGUUCAGCUUGUCACCUCUGUGUUCCUUCCAGGUUCCUUCUGUGCUCUUUGCCCCAGGCCACCUGAUGUCUCUCCUGACCCUUGGGAUCAAUUCUGCUAUGGUUUUGGAUUGUGGCUACACAGAAAGUAUGGUGCUCCCUGUAUCUUUUUUUUUUACCCUCCGGUGUGACUACUUCAAGAGGAAAACAUUAAUCAAUACAGCUUUUAACUCCCACAGUCAACCACCACAACGGCAUCAUUGGCAGGGUGGGUGGGGAGGCCUGUUUGUCUCGUGUCUGUCUUUGCCAAACUUUCGGAAGACACUUGAUUCUUACCCAUGCUGGCCUUAUGAGGUCACACUUGCUUCUGCAACAUGCUUUCAUCACAAUUCCAUUCCUUUCUGUCUCACAUUCUCCCUGUUUCCAUAUCAUGAAUACAAAAAGAUAGUCGAAACAAAAUAAAAAAAUUUCUUCCAGUAGCUCCUUAGAGACCAACUAAGUUUGUUUUUGGAAUGAGCUUUCGUGUGCAUGCACACUUCUUCAGAUACACUGAAACAGAAGUCACGGGACCCUUAUAUAUAGUGAGAGGGUGGGGAGAGGUAUUACUCAGAAGGGUGGUGGGAAUGGGUGAUUGGCUGAUAGGUGUGGUAAACCUGUUGACGACUGUUAACGACUGCAGUUGGGCUUACAUUAAAAAGCAAUGUGUGAGAUGGCUAAAAAUAGGAGAACAUUCUAUACAAGAUCUCAAAGUAACUGUCUUAUUACGAAAGAAUUUCAGAAAUAGACUGGAAAGAGAAGUUGCUGAAUUGCAACUUAUUACCAUACUUAAAACCAUGGAGAGACCUGGUCUGAAUAGAGACAUUGGAUUCUUAUCUCAUUAUACAUGAUAAAGCCAUCUCGGCCAUCUCACCCCUUGCUUUUUCCUGUAAGACCAUGAAAGCUCAUACCAAUAACAAACUUAGUUGGUCUCUAAGGUGCUACUGGAAGGAUUUUUUUUAUUUUGUUUCGACUACGGCAGACCAACACAGCUACCUACCUGUAAUUAAAACAAAAAGGUAGUGUGUCACUGGACUGCUUCCAGCACUCCAAAAGACAUUUCUCAAGCUUUUGGAGAGCUCAGGGCUGCGGUAUUUGGAGCCAAACAAUAUAAGUUUAUCUUCUUUCCUCUUUGGCCCAUUUGACUUGCCAGUUGAUUGUAUGGAGAAGGAAGCAGCUGUUAGAAAGAUGGCGCUCAUGUGGUUCUUGUACCUGGUAUAGCAUAAAUACUAUUCAUGAAACAUCCUUAGCUGCUUGCAGAUCUAUGAAGGAAUUCCAGUUCUGAACUGCUGGGGGGCGCUACCAUUGGGAGGAAAAGCCAUUCACAAGUAAGUUGACAGAAAAUAUUUGUGCAAAGUUGAAUGGGACCCUGUGGGACAUCUAGUCCAACCCCCUUCAAUGCAGGAAUCUGAACUAAAGCAUCCAUGACAGAUGGCCAUCCAACCUCUGCUUAAAAACCUCCAAAGAAAGUCCACAGCCUUCCAUUCCACUGCCAAGCAGCUCUUACUGUCAGAAAGUUUUGCCCGAUGUUUAGUUGGAAUCUCCUUUCUUGUAAUUUGAAUCCACUGGAACAGGAGAAAACAAGCUUUCUCCAUCUUCCAUGUGACGUCCCUUUAGAUAUUUGUAGAUGGCUCUCAUAUCUCCUCUCAGCCUCCUCAUACCCAACUCCUCCUUCCAUUCCUCAUAAGGCUUGGCUUUCAGACCCUUUAGCAUCUUGGUUGCCCUUCCUCUGCACUCAUUCCAGCUUGUCAACAUCCUUCUUAAAUUGUGGCACCCAGAACUGGACACAGUAUUCCAGGUGUGGUCUGACCAAGGCAGAACAGAGUAGUACUAUUCCUUCCCUUGAUCUGGACGCUAGACUUCUUUUGAUGCAGCCUAGAAUAGCAUUAGCUUUUUUUUGCUGCUCAUAAGGAGAAAGAUUUUCCACCAGUCCUCCAAGCAUGACAUCUGAAACGUGAGAGCAUCCUCCAGUUGCCUUGCAGGCCUUUGUGGAGUAGUUAACACUGGCUGGCGGUGAGCCACUGUCCGUCUCAUAAAUACUAGGAGCAGAAAGUUGGAAAUGGCUUGUUGUGUGUAUGCAUCGUGUUGCCUGAAUGCUAUUUUUUGCUAAAUCACCUUUUUUGCAAUCCUUCAGAGAACUGGAGUACCAGCUGCUGGAGCAAAGCACUGUGGAUACAGGAACCACCAAAGGACAGAGCCUUCCCUCGGUGAUGGGUAACUAUUAUUACAAUUAAUGAAAGGCGGGUGUUGCUUAUUGGAACUGUUCAGAGGAGAAUGGGCUAAAUCCCCUCUCCUCCCAUUCAAUUUUUUAAAAAUAUGGUUUUUAUUAAAUUUUCUAUUUUACAAUUUCAGAUAAACAUUUUACAUACUUGAAAUAUCAAUGACUUCCCUUCUCUUUCCGUGGUUCAGAUUGCAUAUCUUAAAUCCCUGCAUAUUUUACAAAAACUAUACCAAUUUUCCAUUAUUACGUCCAUCAAAAAUUAUUUACACUAUUGAAUUAAUCUUAAUGCUGCCAGCAUUUUCAUCUGUACACAAUUAUUUUCCAUAUAUACAGUAAAUGUUUUCCAAUCUUCUUUAAACAUGUGUUCUUCUUGUUCUCUUAUUCUACAGCUAAAGCUCAAAAAAUUAGAAUAUCGUGGAAAAGUUCAUUUAUUUCAGUAAUUCAACUUAAAAGGUGAGACUAAUAUAUGAGAUAGACUCAUGACAUGCAAAGUGAGAUAUGUCAAGCCUUUAUUUGUUAUAGUUGUGAUGAUCAUGGUGUACAGCUGAUGAAAACUCCAAAUUAACUAUCUCAGAAAAUUAGAAUAUUAAAUGAAAUCAGCAAAACAAGGAUUGCAAAUAGAGCAAUAUUGGACCUCUGAGAAGUAGAAGCAUAUCUCGCUUUGCAUGUCAUGAGUCUAUCUCAUAUAUUAGUUUCACCUUUUAAGUUGAAUUACUGAAAUAAAUGAACUUUUCCACAAUAUUCUAAUUUUUCGAGUUUCACCUGUAUAUGUUAAGUCUGCAAUCUGUGCAUAUUCCAUCAGCUUAAGUUGCCAUUCUUCUUUAGCUGAGACCUCACUCAUUUUCCACCUCCCAUCCGAUUAUUGUUACUAAAAGAAAAGUAGAAAGUAAACCCUUUCAAGGGAGUGUCAGUUCAUGAAUUCUUAUUGCCCCUAAGAAGCAGUGAUCCACAUGCAUUACUGAAUCUGUUGGUUUCCAACCAUGAGCAUGUUGGUUGAAAACAUAAGAGCCCAUCUGCUGGAUCAGACCAAAGGCUUAUCUUUUUAAUAAUUGGAUUAUUCUGAGGGACUCUUCUGCUCAUUUGUACUAAAUUCUAAGUGCAUUCUGUCUUUGGGUGCUUACAGUUCUGUUGAUGCUGUUUGAGCUACACCUAUUUUAUCUGUAAGCCGCCUUGAGUCCCUGUAAGGGAAAAGGGUGGGGUAUAAGAAUAAUCAUCAUCAUCCUGUAUUUUAGGUUCUGUUCCAGAAGACAUUGUAGAAGACAUCAAAGGUAAGAUGACUGCCUUCAUACAAAUCUUCACUUUCCUUUCAUCCAGAAAUCCCCAUCUUUAGAGCUAUGAAAUAGAUUGAAGAAAGGUUGAGUUCGGUGGGACUUAUUCCCAGGAAAGGGAGCGCAGAUUUGUAAACUUCGCAAGGCAAUUUCCACCUCCCAUUUCAGUGGAGGGAGCAAACCAUUCCUAAAAUGGAUUGCCUUGAUUUUAAUAGAUUGCCUCAUUCUUGCUGGUAUAAUCUUAAUAUUUACAACCAGAUGAAGGUUUCAUUUUUGGAAUAAUAAUUUUUCAGAGUAGUAUUUACAGUUAUAUCAAAAAUUACUGAUUUGAUUAUACUAUUAGAAAUGCAUAGACAGAUAAUUAUGAAAUUAUUGUGAGGUUUAAUAAGUUAACUGUAUUUGGACAACUUUUCUGCUGUACUUUAUUGGAAGGAGAAAAAUAAACAUUUCCUUAAUAACUGUUUAAAUAAUUUAUUUAACUAAAACAAUAACAUUAUAGCAUAUGUAUCCAUGUUUGUUAACUGAUGUGGUUAAACAAUUUUUAAAAAAACCAAAAAACACCUUAACUGAGUUUUAGCACACAUGAAAAACUUAAAACAAAUCCUUAUUUCCUGAUGAAUAGCCUUUGGACUAUAAUGUAACUUAAAUAGAAAACUAUCUUUAGAAAGAUUUUUCCUCCAAAAGCAUUUUAUUUUAAAAUCCAAUUUAAAUUUUAAAAAAUCCAAUUUAAAUCAAAAAAAUCCCAUUUUUUUGAUAUAUAUUUUUUAAUCAUUGGCUUUUUCCACCUUGAUCAGUGUAAUAUGCUCAAACUGGCCUGCUCCGGUGAGUAACCUGACCGCUGAAUUCUGCGCUAGCUGAAGUUUCUGAACAGUCUUCAGAGGCAGCCCCACAUAUAAAUGCAUUGCAGUAAUCCAGCCUAGAGGAUACAGAGGAUAGACAACAGAAGUUAAGCUAUCCCUCUCCAGAUAGGAGCGCACCUGGGCCACAUGUCGAAGCUGAAGGAAGGCACAUUGCAACAGUGAGGCCACCUGGGCCUCAGGCGACAUAUAUUAUUAUUAUUAUUAUUAUUAUUUAUUAUUUGUACCCCGCCCAUCUGGCUGGGUUUCCCCAGCCACUCUGGGCGGCUUCCAUAGAAACCAAAAAUACACUAAAAUCACACAUUAAAAACUUCCCUGAACAGGGCUGCCUUAAGAUGUCUUCUGAAUGUCAGGUAAUUGUUGAUCGCUUUGACAUCUGAAGGGAGGGCGUUCCACAGGACGGGCGCCACCACCGAGAAGGCCCUCUGCCUGGUUCGCUGUAGCUUUGCUUCUCGCAGUGAGGGAACCGCCAGAAGGCCCUCGGCGCUGGACCUCAGUGUCCGGGCAGAACGAUGGGGGUGGAGACGCUCCUUCAGGUAUACUGAGUAUGUCAAGAGCAGGCAACCUCCCAUCCGUACACCCAUUAAAAGGACUGUAUAGACCAGCAGUUCUCAACCUGUGGGUCCCCAGAUGUUGUUGGACUACAACUCCCAUCAUCCCUAGCUAGCAAGGCCAGAGCUCAGGGAUGAUGGGAGUUGUAGUCCAACAACUGGGGAACCACAGGUUGAGAACCACUGGUAUAGACUGUUAGGCUGAGAACAGUUCUGAAACCAUUUCUGCUCGUCUCCAAAGUUCGCACCUGUUUCGUGAGCGACCUCCAGCGGGGGCUGAAAAUCCAGGCGGCGAAAUUCAACCUCGACGGCAGCGCUGAGGUAUGCGAGGAAGGAGCUGGAUUUCCCCUUUCAGUAAGAAUGAACUUGAUUUCCUUCUCUUUUGCUUUUCGCCUUCUGACAGCCUCUCUUGUAUUGCAGCGCCCCACUCCACCUCCAGACGUGGACUAUCCGCUGGACGGAGAGAAGAUUUUGCACGUGAACGGAGCAAUCAGGUUAGAAACACAGCGGGGUUUUGCAGUGUGAAAGCAGGACUGAAGUUGCCCAUCCGUCUCAGAUUAAGCUGAUGGACGGUGCCUGAAUGGCAAAAAUGACCAGAAGAAUUAGGAAUCGGGAAGACCAAAAUUUUAAUAAGGAAUGGGGGAAAUAUAUAAUUUAUCUUCAAAAUCAUUGUGAGCAAUUAAAAUUAUUAGCAGGAUUGGAAUGAUACUUCUAGUUGAAUGUUGGACUGUGGUUGUAAUGGUGAUCUAAUAGAAUUGGAUGAAUAGAGAAGAUGCAGGAGGAAAAAAAGUUAACAUAAGGACCCAAAAAGGGGAGGUAGUACAUGGGAAUUUAUGGAAUUCUCUCCUUUUUUUGGUUGGUUGACGAAUGCUUGUAAAUUUCAAAAUCUGAAAAUUAAAUAAUUUUAUCUUUAAAAUAAAAUAAUAGAAUAAGUUGCCCAUCCAUUGCGCCAGUGUGGGGUUAGAGUGUUGGACUAAGACUUUGAGAGACCAUGGUUCAAAUGGUAAUGAACAGAUCACGCUAGUAGGGUUGCAAAACGUUUUGUAGGGAGGACUAUUUGAAAUAUUGCAAGAAAGACUAUGAGAAGAAUUGUUAGUUAAUGAUAAUUGAGUGUAAUAGAGAGAUUAAGAAAUGCAGAUUAAGUGAUAGAUAAAGAACAAAAAAUCAUCAGAGGUGUUGACGGAAGUCUAAAAUAUUGUAUAAGAUAAGAAGGUAAAGGUAAAGGAACCCUGGACCAUUAGGUCCAGUCGUGGCCGACUCUGGGCUUGCGGCGCUCAUCUCGCUUUAUUGGCCGAGGGAGCCGGCAUACAUGUGGCCAGCAUGACUAAGCCGCUUCUGGCGAACCAGAGCAGCGCACAGAAACGCUGUUUACCUUCCCGCUGGAGUGGUACCUAUUUAUCUACUUGCACUUUGGCGUGCUUUCGAAUUGCUAGGUUGGCAGGAGCAGGAACCGAGCAACGGGAGCUCACCCCGUCACGGGGAUUCGAACCGCCGACCUUCUGAUCAGCAAGCCCUAGGCUCUGUGGUUUAACCCACAGCGCCACCCGCGUCCCUCCAAGAUAAGAAGUUAUGCUAUAUGAUUGUUGGAAAUGAUAUGUUAAAAAAACCAAUAAAAAUGUAAGAGAGAGAGAGAGACACCAUGGUUCAAAUCUCCAGCCAGCCAUGAAGCUCCCUGGGUGACCUUGGGCCAGUCACCAUCUCUGAGCCUGACCUACCUCGCAGGCUUGUUGUGAGGAUGAAAUGGGGAGUAGGAGGAGAACCAUGUACACUACCUCGAGGAAGAUGAAGGCGGUAUAUAAGUGCAAUAAAUGAAUAAAUAACUUUCACCUUUCACGCAAGCGUUUCAGGUGGCAUCUGCGUGCCACAACCUCCCCCUUUAAACACAGACAUAAGAGGAUUUGGCCGCUGGGUCAAGUCAGAGGCCUCUCUCGUCCAGCACUCUUGUCUCCCAUUGACCAGCCAGAUGUCUCUGGGAAACUCGCAAGCAGGACCUGCCUUCAAUAGCACUGUUUCCUUACUUAGGACUCCCCAGCAGCUGGUCUUCACAGGCAGCCUGCCUACAACAGGGGAGGGAAGUAGCCAUUGAUAGCCUUAAGCCAGGCUUCCUCAACCUCAGCCCUCCAUAUGUUUUUGGCCUACAACUCCCAUGAUCCCUAGCUAGCAGGACCCCAGUGGUCAGGGAUGGUGGGAACUGUAGUCUCAAAACAUCUGGAGGGCCGAGGUUGAGGAAGCCUUCCUUGGGCUCACGUUUCUGUAAUCCUCUUUUAAUGCCAUCCGUUUUUGGCCAUCAUUAUCUCUUGGGGAAAAGGGACGCAGGUGGCGCUGUGGGUUAAACCACAGAGCCUAGGACUUGCCGAUCAGAAGGUCGGCGGUUCGAAUCCCCGUGAUGGGGUGAGCUCCCGUUGCUCGGUCCCUGCUCCUGCCAACCUAGCAGUUCGAAAGCACCUCAAAGUGCAAGUAGAUAAAUAGGUACCGCUCCAGUGGGAAGGUAAACGGCGUUUCCAUGCGCUGUUUCCGUGUGCUCCUCUGGUUCGCCAGAAGUGGCUUAGUCAUGCUGGCCACAUGACCUGGAAGCUGUACGCCGGCUCCCUCGGCCUUUAGAGUGAGAUGAACGCACAACCCCAGAGUCGGUCAUGACUGGACCUAAUGAUCAGGGGUCCUUUACCUUACCUCUUGGGAAAGGAAAUUCCAUAAUUCUAGCUAUGUGCAGGACUUUAUUUUGUGUGUUCUGCAUCUUACAAUAUUCAGUUUUACCCUGUGUUCUAGUAGUAAGAGAGAGAGAUAGAAAAACGCCGCUCUCUUUUGACUUGCUGUGCAGACGUGGAGGCCGCUAUCCAAAACACUGUCAUCCCUGAUGGCUCAGCUGGCAGCCUUGUAAACCCACAUAGCCAAACAGAAGGAGCAACAAACUUUGCCCCGUGGGGGUGUCCUCAUGUCGAUUUUUCCCCUUCGGUUCGGCAGCUGGGAGGAGUUGGGUGGCGUCUUCUGAUCCCUUGUUCUAAGUCUGGAUUACUCAAAAGCCUCCGUUUGCUUCUUUCCAACAGGGAUUCUGUCAUCGAAAUACUCUUCGAGCAGGACAACGAAGAAAAAUCGGUGGCUACUUUGAUCCUGGAUUCACUGGUUGAGGUACUACGGUUGGCAUUUUGCUUCUCUGGGUUCCUCCCUCUCCGCCAGUGAUGAAUCUCCCAUCCCCACCAUACAGAGCGCACUCAUUCUGCAAACUAACUGGCCCUUCUGUCCAAGAGCAGAAGAUAAGCUUCCUCCAACCUUCCGCCGUGCGCCAUUUUCUCCCAGUUGCCGGGACGGACUCCCUUUUUGCGCCCCGUAACUCGCCGAAUUUUAAAGAGUUCAGAGUUUUAAAGCAAUGCUCGGAUUAGCUCCGCCAGUUAUAAGUCUGAAUUCGUUAUUAAUUUUGGAAGCUGGCCACUUUCAUAAGAAGCCUGAGACUUCACGGUUUGGGUUUGAAGCUGCUUCCCCCCUCGCGCCCACAGCUCAAUCCCGUCCCCGAAUCUAUUAUUAAGACCCGGGGAGCAAGAGAGCACUUCUGGGCACUGCUGGGUACCACGUCCCUCAAGAUCUCUUCCUGAAGUUUUGAGGUCCGCGUAGACCUCACGCUUCUUUUCAUUGCCGUGGCUCCGCCGGAAGUUCAGAAGAUAAGCUUCCUUAGCAAAGCUACAAUUAACCUCCUGGCAGCCACGCAGUUUCAGUCAUGUUGUCUGCCAAUCCUCUGGUUGAUCUGCCCCUCUCCCUGCCAUCUGCUGCCCACUUUCCUCCCCCCCCCCCCCGCAGAUCAGUAUAUCGCUACACAAACAGGGAUAUUGUGGCAAACCUGCAAGCUGCACACCAGCCCUUGUUGAGCCCGUGGCCCGAGUGAAUCAUUCUCUCUCCUCCCUUUCUCUGCCAGUGCCCGAUAGACACCAGGAAGCAGCUGGCUGAGAACUUGCUGGUGAUUGGCGGCACCGCCAUGUUGCCAGGAUUCCUGCACAGAUUGAUGGCAGAGAUAAGGCACCUGGUGGAGAAGCCCAAGUAUAAGGAGAUGCUGGCAUCCAAGACCUUCCGAGUGCACACGCCACCAGCCAAGCCCAACUGCGUGGCCUGGUUAGGAGGUAAGUCUGAGACACCUGUGAGUUAACUUUGGGAUUCUUUGAGGGGCUCACAACUCAAGAACGGGGCCUCCUCUGCAGUGGCUCCCCGCCUGUGGGAUGCUUUCCCCAGGGAAGUCUGCCUGGCGCCUUCAUUAUACACCAUGGGUAGGCAAACUAAGGCCCGGGAGCCGGAUCUGGCCCAAUCACCUUCUAAUUCCGGCCCAUGGACGGUCCGGGAAUCAGCGUGUUUUUACAUGAGUAGAAUGUGUGCUUUUAUUUAAAAUACAUCCCUGGGUUAUUUGUGGGGCAUAGGAAUUCAUUCAUUUUUUUUUCCUUUUUUCAAAAUUUAGUCCAGCCCCCCACAAGGUCUGAGGGACAGUGGACCGGCCCCCUGCUGAAAAAGUUUGCUGACCCCGUUAUACACCUUUAGGUGCCAGGCAAAAACGUUCCUUUUUAACCAGGCCUUUGACUGACCUUAUCGACUUUCUGUACCCUUUUAAAAUGCAGCUCUGUUUUGGGGGAGGGGGUAUUAUUGGGUUAUUGUUUUUACUUUGAUUUUAUGUAUUGUUAUCUUUUAUGUGAGACCCCUGAGACCUCCGGGUAUAGGGUGAUAUAUAAAUUUAACUAAUAAUAAUAAUAAUAAUAAUAAUAAAUAAUAAUAAUAACAACUCCAGCCCUGAGUCCAUACCAAGAUCGAUCCAGAGGUGCCCAGGUUCGAAUGAAGCCCAAUGAAACAAACACUUCCAAGGCCUGGAAACGAUGCCUUAUGAGGAACGGCUAAGGGAGCUGGGCAUGUUUAGCCUGGAGAAGAGGAGGUGAAGGGGUGAUAUGAUAGCCAUGUUCAAAUAUAUAAAAGGAUGUCACAUAGAGGAGGGAGAAAGGUUGUUUUCUGCUGCUCCAGAGAAGCGGACACGGAGCAAUGGAUCCAAACUACAAGAAAGAAGAUUCCACCUAAACAUUAGGAAGAACUUCCUGAUAGUAAGAGCUGUUCGACAGUGGAAUUGGCUGCCAAGGAGUGUGGUGGAGUCUCCUUCUUUGGAGGUCUUUAAGCAGAGGCUUGACAACCAUAUGUCAGGAGUGCUCUGAUGGUGUUUCCUGCUUAGCAGGGCGUUGGACUCGAUGGCCCUUGUGGUCUCUUCCAACUCUAUGAUUCUAUGAUUUGUCCCAAGAGUCUCUAAUUCCUGCUUUCUGUCCCGUGUUACAGGAGCAAUCUUUGGAGCCCUCCAAGACAUCCUGGGCAGUCGUUCUGUGUCGAAAGAAUACUACAACCAGACAGGCCGCAUCCCCGACUGGUGCUGCCUCAAUAAUCCUCCAUUGGAAAUGAUGUUUGAUGUUGGGAAAACGCCCCCUCCCCUGAUGAAAAGGGCCUUUUCCACAGAGAAGUAGGAGUCUGGCUGAGACACGGGUCUUGUUUGCAUUGCGUCACUUCCUUCCUUCCUUCCUUCCUUCCUUCCUUCCUUCCUUCCUUCCUUCCCUCCCUCCCUUCUUCCAACGUUGGACUGUGAUGGAGCUGGAAGCACACAUUCAAGCAAGCCAGCAAGCGUCCAAUUCUGGAGCAGUAGACAAGCUAUCAGCCACUUCCGCUUCCCCAACUUAAGAUGAUACCCCAAUGAUAAUGUUUAUUUAUAUGUACAGCCAUUACAAGCGCCUGAGCUUUCAACCUUUGCUGUUAUUUAAAGCAUUCUAAAACUUGUCAGAAGCUGAAACCGCACUUCCAGUGGUCUCUGCCAAACUCAAUGUAACGUUUUAUUUCACAGUAGUUCAUUAAAAUGUGCAAUUUAUCAGUA